GUUUGUGUGCGCGUACGUGUGUGUAUGUGUGUGUCCUCCCCGGCCGCAUGAGAUGAGCUGCCUGCAGUCUUUGCGGCCACUGUUUUCGCCUCCUCCUCCUCCUUCUCCUCCUUCUCUUCUUCUUCUUGGCUCUGUCUAUCUGUCCAGUCCGGGAAUGUUGACCACCGUGGCCUGAUCCAACGCCGCCGAGUGUCCCUUCAUCUCCUGACUGCCACUCUCCGUGUUUGUCUCUGCGGGUCGUAGCCUGCCUCAACUGUGAUCCGGCUGUAAGGUUCUGCUCUGUCCAUCCUGUGUCGAAACUGAUUCAACCGAGCAAGUUGUUUGAAAGAUCUGAGAAACUAUGGCUGUGGCCGGAUGUCCGGAUUACUUCCUGCAUCAUCCAAAUUAUCAGCAGGACAAUAUAGACCGGUCCUCCAAUCACAGACAGGCUGAUCUCAUUGGUCCGAGCUUCCAGCAGUCAGCCAAUCGGAGUUCUCCUAACCACCAUCAAGAGGAUGACGUUGAUUUAGAGGCCCUGGUGAAUGAUAUGAACUCUUCCCUGGAGAGCCUGUACUCCACCUGCAGUGGUCAGCAGACAGAGUCCACCCCACUACUGCACAAUGGACAGACCUCUUCCUCACACCAUCACCCCCAUCAUCACACGCAACACAACCACCCUCGGCAGGGUCAUCACUCGCACGCACUAAGCCAUGCUUCCCCUGAGCCGCCCUCCUCCUCCUCCUCGUCAGUGGACUCACCCCAAGCUAGCCUCCGACGGUCACAACCCAUGCACAUCCUCGCUGUCAGGAGGUUGCAGGAGGAGGAGCUGAGGACAUCGUCUCUCCCGGCCAUCCCCAACCCCUUCCCCGAGCUCUGCAGCCCAGCAAGCUCCCCUGUCCUCAGCCCGGGGUCUCUACCCCCUGGAGAACCCUCCUCUGGCAUUUAUAUUGUGAAGAUCUUCAGUGAAGACGGCAUGGGGAAAGUGGUGGAGAUCCCAGCCGACAUGACAGCCAGGGACCUGUGCCAGCUUCUGGUUUAUAAAAGCCAUUGUUUGGAUGACAACAGUUGGGCACUUGUUGAACACCACCCGCUGCUAGGGCUAGAGCGCUGUCUAGAAGACCAUGAGCUGGUGGUUCAGGUCCAGGCCUCAAUGAACAGCGACAGCAGAUUCCUCUUCAGGAAGAACUAUGCCAAAUAUGAAUUCUUCAGAAACCCGCUGACAUUUUUCCCGGAGCAAAUGGUCGCGUGGUGCCAGGAAACCAAUCGUACGAUUCCACCAUCUCAGCUCCUUCAGAACUUCCUAGCGACCAGUAGCUGUCCAGAGAUCCAGGGGUAUCUGUAUGUGAAGGAAGUGGGCAGGAAGUCAUGGAAGAAAGUUUACAUGUUCCUGCGGCGCUCAGGACUUUACUGCUCUACAAAAGGAACCUCAAAGGAGCCCAGACAUCUACAGUUUCUAGCAGACCUUGAAGACAGCAACAUCUUCACUGUCAUCACAGGCAAGAAGCAGCACGGGGCGCCCACAGAGUACGAGUUCUGCAUCAAGCCCAAUAAAUGUCGAGGGGAGUUGAAGGAGUUGAGGAUGCUGUGUGCGGAGGACGAGCAGGGAAGGACCUGUUGGUUGACGGCCUUCCGGCUCUUUAAGUAUGGGAUUGUGUUGUACCAGAAUUAUAAGAUUCCCCAGCAAAGAAAAACCUUGCUGUCACAUUUUUCAGCACCAGUGCGGAGUGUAUCGGAGAACUCCCUUGUGGCGAUGGAUUUCUCAGGGAGGAUAGGCAGGGUGAUUGACAACCCUGUAGAAGCUCAGAGCGCCGCCAUGGAGGAGGGGCAUGCGUGGAGGAAGAGGAGUCAACGAAUGAACAUAAUCGGCUCCCACAGUCCACUACACCACUCCUCACUAAGCUCAGUCAUCCACAUAGCUCAGUUGUGGUACCACGGCAGGAUAACCAGAGAAGAAUCCCAUCGCAUCAUCCACCAGCAGGGACAAGUCGAUGGGUUGUUUCUGCUGAGAGUCAGUCAGAGUAACCCCAAGGCAUUUGUGCUCACAUUGUGCCAUCACCAGAAAAUCAAACAUUUCCAGAUACUACCGUGUGAAGAGGACGGCCAAGCCUUCUUCAGCCUUGACGACGGCGCCACCAAAUUCACCGACCUGAUUCAGCUUGUGGAGUUCUACCAGCUCAACAGAGGAGUGCUGCCUUGUAAACUCAAACACCCAUGCACCGUCGUGGCCUUAUGACACCUUCGGAUCAUCUGACCCCAUGACCCCCUAUCACUUGACCUGACUCUGCCUAAAACAAACAAAACUACAAGAAUCUUUCUGUUGGUUGGUUCUUUUUUGUUUUUAUCUUUACAAGAAGCUGGUGAAUUGACUGAUGUUUUUGUUGUUUAUAUUAUUGUGAGUCCGCCAGAGACUGCUGACAUGUUGGAUUCCUUUUUGCAUGGAUGUUUGAGGAGCUGGAUGCACAACCUGCUCACAAGGUUCCUCAGUCAAGAGGAGAGAAGAUACAGGAAAUGAACACUGCCGUUUGUGUCAAUGCUGUCGCGAAAUCUUCUACAAUCUUGCUACCCAUAGUCAUCAAUAAGCUCGGACACAGUGACCCUCAAGGUUUUAUCACGCAGCUCAAGUGUAGACUGUGUAUCCCUUCAACUGGACAAUCAGCAGGACAGUUCGAGCUCCCGUGUGGACCACUCUGCUCUCUGAGAACAAACUGUAGUCUCAUUCAAGCUUCCUCACACGUCCUCAAAGAAUAUACUGUGGAUGGAGAGUUGAUUGUCUCUUAGUUUUGCACUCAUCAAACUGGGAGUGGCCUUUUGACGGUGCAUGACUUCUCAGCUGUCUUAACUGUGAGAUGGUGCCACCGCCCUCUAGUGUCAUAGGCAUGUAAGGACUUGUCAAAAUUCAACAUGGACAAGAUUUGGAGGUGCCAGAGAGAGGGCUGCUUCUGAAUCCUUUCUGAGGAUUGGAAACAUCAGAUGAAAACGGCUAAGGAAAUGUCUGGAACUGUUGACACAAAUUAUUUUUUUUAAAUAGGGGACAAAACAAAAUCUGCGUUGUCCACCCUCACGGAAAUUUUAUUUGCUCAUCCCUCACCUCACAGGGUUUCUUUUCUUGAUACAUUGCAGUUAUGUAUUGUUAUUAAUAGUCUCUUUGAUAAUAUAUUUUUUUAAAGCCCACCUUUUGCAUCCUGGAUAUUUUCAACUCUUCAUUAUUCACAUAUACCACAGUAAGGUCAUUCUGUACUUGUUACUCUGUCGCAUGCUCCAUUUCCCUAAAGUAUGUCCACUGCAACUUCCACAAACAUGAAUAAGCAUUAAUCAAACCAUGGUGUCAUUCAGGGUGAAAUAACAAGGAAUAAAGCUAGAUGAAUUUUGUUACCGGGUAGACCGUUUUGGUGAUUGUAAAGUUAAAAGUGCCGGCAAAUGCACGAUGGAAUAUGCUGCAAAAGAUAAAGUGGGACAGUGGAGAGUAUCAGUCUUUUGUUCUGUCUCCUCACCACAGCACAGGGAAGGAUAACCACUAGCAUUUCCUUCAGGUGUUUUUCAAGUGAUAGCGAAUCAAAGGAAACUAAAUUAGAUCCCCCAGAGAUACAGUGGAUCCUGCGUUAAACAUCUGUCCUGGUUCCAGACUCUCUCUUCACAAGUGUUCCACAAACCGCCUCCUGCUGUACCUGUUAAAGUCAGUGAGAUGCUGUUGGACAUAAAAGUGGCUAGAAACAUGGUUGAGUGUGCUCUGACUCCAGACUCUGGUGCAGUACAUCCCAUAUAAUGCAGCCCUGUUCUGCCUGGAAGUACUUGUGAACUAGCAGUAUUGCAUAUACACCUGCUGCCUACUGCACGCCACCUCUUUGUGAAUUCAGGCACACUGUCUAUGAAAAGUUAGCUCUUGCUACAGUGUGGGGGAAGAUAUGUCAAGAGGGAAGAGUAUUUAAAUGAUCUCUAUCUCUUCCUCCUCUCAGUCUGUCACAUCCGGUUUCAUCAGACUUUCUUUAGCCUGCUGUUGGAUAAAAUGAAAAUGCACCAUCAGCGGUGUGGCAGCAGCGUAAAACUGGAAAUUUUAGGACUCAGAUCUCUGACUGCAAAUGUACCACACGGCCCACUUUAUUUUAUUAUCUUAACCCCUGUCCCUUCAUUUAAAUUUAGAGUUGCCUCUGGUACAUGCUGUGUUUUUGAUUGAUGAUGAUGAGAUUGUCAAAUCAAAAACAUAGAAUGUAAAACUUAUUUUCCUAAUGCCAGCCAAGUUAGUAAAAAAAAAAAAAAAAAGUAUUUGAAUGGAUUACGCUUUGUGUUUUGGCCAUGUCUGCGAUGGAGCUCCUUUAAUUAACUGUAGUGCAAGGAAGAUUUCAGCACCGUGUCUCUAGAUAACCUGGAUUAAAUUUCUUUUUAAAUAGACAGGGCUACUUUUUCAGCACCUAUUGAUCAUGUCUGGAACUAAAUGGAUAACACAUGAAGGGCAAAUCCCAGCCAUCUCUAAUUCUAGGAAGACAUACUGCAUGUAAAAGCCCAAAGUUAUUGGAUGUAUAUCUGAUGAUAUUCAUAUUCGGUGUCUGUCACUCCCAGUAAAUUCACCAAACCCUCUUUGAAAUGACGCACCACAGUUGUUGUUCCAUGUCAAUACAUGAAAUUUCUAAAACCUCACUCUCUAGUUUUAUUUAGUCCAAGCUCUGGUUAGGUCACAGGUCAGCAGACAUUUACAUAUCUAUUUGUACUUGUACUUGUAAUGCAACAUCAGCCAUGAUUGAUUUACCUGCAGGUUAUCUUGAACAUCUGAGAUGCAGAAUAGCCACACCAUUUUGACUUUUUGUGCAUGGUCACCAUUAUUUAUCUAAAAUGCAAUGACUCAAUCAUUAUUUUUAAGUAUUGUUGCAGCAAAAAUGUAUUUAUUUAUCUGGAUGUGACUGAUUACUUGAAAAUUUUAGAUUUUUUUUUUUCUCGGCGCUGUUCUGUACUGUUUUCUAUUGUCAUUACCAUGAAAUGAUUGACCAGUGUGAUUUAUUAUUAUUAUUAUUAUUGUAAUGACAUAGCAUCUAUUGUUUUAUUUUGUUUUAUUUUUGUCUCAUUCAAAAACAAUUUUUUUGUCAUCAUCAUCACUUGUUUUGAGGCGAUGUUUCAAAGCACACUGGCAUCCAUCGUUCUAAUAGACGACAGAUGGAAUGUUGAGAGAUUAAGAAGAAGUACUCGAGUUUCCCAAAGCAUUCAUCUCUACGUUUUUAGCCAUUUUAAUUUCUGUUCUCUUUUCUCCCACAUCUAUAAAAAAUAAGAUUUUCAACCCCUGUAUUUUUUUUUUUUAAAAAAAAGGUAAGUAAUAAAGCCACAAAUAUUUUGGGAAACUGGGUCAAGUAAGCCUCAACAUUCUCAUAAGUCACUAGAACACCAUUGCCUUGAUGAAGCAAAUUUAGAAAUUAAUACAGACAGUCACAUUUUUAUACCCUUAAAACUGCAAUGAACAGGGAUGUGAAAAUUCCGUGUAAUUCAAACGAUACCAGAGCAACCUUAUUGGAUGGGUUACAGCAUUGACCUCCUGUCAGAGAAUGAAGAAACUUAAUUUAGUAGGUAGAUUUUUAUCACUUGCAUGAAUGUGGAUUUUGAGUUUAUUGUGUAGAGAUUCUGUCACUGAUAUUCGAUAUUAAGAGGAAUCUGGAUUAUAACAAUACAUAAAUUUGUUUGUAGUUGCAGAAAGUCAUCUUAAGCUAUCGAGACGUCACUGAAAUAAUGAUGCUAGCUGUUUGUUAAUUCCAAUCUAAGUCCCCUGAAAUUCAAUUCCCACUCUGCACUCAUCUGCAGAUUCACAAGAUGUUGUUUUGUUUUUUUUCUCUGACUGACGUGAAUGGUAGCAGAUGUCAUCAUGUGAGGGACAGAUAGCCUUUAAGGUAGAGUGUUAACAGUCAUAACAAUCAUAUUCAGAUACUCUAAAUGCACAAAAGGAGGAAGUAAAUUCAAUUAGUGAACACAUGAAAAAUAAAUCAGGGGAUCUGGAUAUCCAUGUUAUUACACUCAACAGAAAUGAAUGUAACUGGGUUGCUCAGGGUUGACUUGGAGCAUGUUAACUACUGGUCCAUCAGCUCUCUCGGACUUUUAUGUACAAGACGAUGAUGGAUUCAUUACUAUUUUAGUUUUGUUAAGCUGGGAGUUGUUACAACAGACCUUCCUCCAUUAUGUGCUCCACCAAUCUGCUAAUUAUUAUGGUUACUUGAAAAAAUAUCCUUGCAGCAGAAUGGAGUAGAUCCAGUGCUAUUUAAAAUUAACAGUGUUGUUCAUUGUAUUGUUAAAGCUGUUUAUGAAAACAAAAAACUAAAAUACUUGCCUGGCUACCUGAGCUGAUUUAAAACCCCCAUCUCUAACAACGAAUAUCCAAUUUAUAAAAAAGAUCCCAAUUUAACGCCAUCAUUUCAUCAAAUUAAAAUAAAUAAUCUGAUUUAUGUCAUUAUAUUAGAUACUCAAACAUGUAAAUAAAAUAAGUGACAAUGGAGCACAGUGUCAGACUUGGUAGCCAGGUAACUUGCAACCACAGAUGGUGCCUCCGAUGACUUCUCUUUAUCUGCACAAACCAGACCUGACGUGGACCAAACGACAGACAAAGCUACCGUUCAGAGGGGACCGUUCACACUCAGAAACCUUGCAAUUUUCAAUAUGUACUCAGUAAAUACGAUUCAAAAACAGAAAACGGCACUCGAAAGGAGAUUGAGAAUGAACGCUUGUUUUUUUCAGUUGCAGUUUCAGUUUACUUUUGGAGUUGAAAGUGAAUUGUCCCAGAUUCCUGCAAAGAUAGAUUGAUCGAUUAUCAUCUUGACUCAUGCAUUCAUGUCAUAAUGCAAGAUACCUUGGCUGUACAAAUGAGUAAAGUAAAAAAAAAUAUAUCUAUAUAUAAAAAUAUAAACUAUUAUGUAUUUCAGGGAAUGCAAAAACGAAAACAGUAACUUGUCUCUUUUUUUUUUUAAGAGAGAGCUCCUGUAUUCAACAUGUGCUUUGCUUCAAUCUGUAAAUAGUUGAAUGGCUUAUAAAUCUUAAUUGUAACCUUUUCAGGUAUUUUUGUACAAAUAAGGGACUGAUAUAUUCUGUUUAUUGUAAUUAGAAUAAAACAUUAAUACAUUGAUAUAAAAACCUAAA